AUGCCAGUGAAAUGCUGUUUCCACAGGUCACCAACUACAGAAACAACAGUGUGUUCUGAAAAUAUGGAUACACUUUUAACCAACCAAGCUGGUCUAGAUGCUUUUCGAACAUUCCUAAAAUCAGAGUUCAGUGAAGAAAACUUUGAGCUCUGGCUUGCCUGUGAAGACUUUAAGAAAACAGAAAGUGCAGAAAAAAUUGCUUCCAAAGCCAAGAUGAUUUAUUCUGAAUUCAUUGAAGCUGAUGCCCCUGAAGAGAUUAACAUUGACUUCAGUACCAGGGACCUCAUCUCAAAGAAUAUUGCAGAACCAACUCUCAAAUGUUUUGAUGAGGCUCAGCAGGUGAUCUACAGUCUGAUGGCCAAGGAUUCUUUUCCUCGAUUUCUAAAGUCAGAGAUUUAUAAGAAACUGGUAAAUAGCAAACAGGUUGGAAAUCAUAAAAAAUGGCUCCCUUUCUUGUAA